GGGGCCCGGUCGUUGUCAUGGUGACGGCUGUUUGUCAAGCCUGAGGCCUACUGCAGGGAAGAAGAAAAGGGAACAACUGCAAGCAUGUCAAAGAAGAAGAAGGGACGUGCAGAAGGCAAGAGCAAGGCGGUAGGAAUGGAGUUGGAAGUUUUGACAACAGCUACUGAACGGAUUGUCACACUGCAGAACGAGUACGAUGAAAUGGUGAAAGAGUUAAAACAAAUGAAGUUGAAGAUUUAUAACCUGCGAAAGGAGAAUGAGUUCCUUGAAAAGGAAGCACAGCAGACACGCCUGGAAACUCACGAAUACAUCGUACAAAUGUCCAAAAGGACUGAGAAAAGGCAGAAUCAGAUUAUUACGAUUAAUGAUCAGAAUCGCCAGAGCCUGGAAGAAAUCAGGACUGCAAAGGAGAAAAUACUGGCUGAAUUUGAGGUACAGAAACAAGAACUGGAAAUCACAUACACACAGAAGGAAAAUGAGCUGGUUCAGCUUAAGAAGGAGAUUGAAGACCUUGGGGAAUAUAAAGAAUUGCGGGAGCAGCAGCUGGCAAGAAUCAGCGAGCUGGACAGUCUGGUGAUGAAUGCCCGGGCCAAACAUUCUCAGUGUGUACAUGAUCUCAAACUCAACUUCAACAAGGAGAAGGCUGAGUAUAAACAGAAUGCCAGGAAGAUGGUGAAACAGCUGGAGAAGGAUGCGAACAAGGAGGCAGUCUGCUGUCUGAUUGAGCAUAUUGAAUCUAUCAAGAUGGAGAACCAGCAGCUGAGAGAGGUGUUGGUGUGUUUGAUUGAACGCUCCCGAGUUCUCCAUGUGCAACAGGAGGAGCUGGAGGCUCAGUACAAGCAGCUGCUCCAGGAGAGAGACUACUGCACCAAGUUGAGAACACUGCGGUACAGGAGGCAGCUUAGUGAGUAUGUGGAGCCAAGGGUCCAGGAGGAAUCAGACACCAAGGAGCAGCCAAAGGUACAGGUGGAGCCAGAAACCAAGGAGCUGCCAAAAGUCAAGGUGGCACUUGAUAUUGAGGAGUCAUCAGACACCAAGGAGUCAUCGGAAACUAAGGAAGAGCCGACUCUUGAGGAACAAGAUGACGAGGAUUUAGAUAGUGAUGAACUAGAAGAUGGGUAGCUGGAGAAGCUGGAAGAGGCUGCGUGAGAGAACAUAGGAGGUGGCAGAACCAUGAAGCUUGAAACAGAAAAAUCAUAUUCAAUUCAUCAGCUGCCUUUCCAGUGUAAAUAAUGAGAAAUCCUCCUUGAUUCAAGGAAGUUAUUAGACUUAAUUAGACAUUUUCUAAUAUUUUUUCCUUUUCAAAAUUCUGCAAUCUUAUUUUU